CUUUAAAAAUUUAUUUACAUUUACUUAAGUCGGUAAACAUCCUUUUGUUUAAUUCAUAACGUCAUUACUGCCCGCUCUCUCAGCAUCUGUCAGUUGCCAUAGAAAAUGCCCGCGGGCUUCCUUUUUUCACUGCACAACACGGUUCGUUUCUAUGGAGCCAACAGCAAUACGAGAUCUCGCGCGAAAUUGGAUCUUGGCCCCGGGCUAUACCCGGCAGAAAGAACGCGAGACAACUAAAAGCUCAUUAUACUCGGGAUUUUUAUCAAUAGGCGGCUUCGACUUCAGUCGGACUGGUUUAGACAGGGAAUUUAAGAAAACCCAUACAUCUAGGGCGAUGACGUCCCCCCAUACCCCGCCUGUCUCCUCCCCAGCCACACACAACGGCCACUACCAGAAAAUAUCCGGGGUGCCCUGCCCCGCCACCCCCACCCGCUACACUGCCCCCGUGCACAUUGAUGUUGGAGGGGUGAUCUAUACUUCGUCCCUGGAAACUCUGACCAAAUUUCCCGAAUCACGGUUGGCGAAAAUGUUUAACGGCAGCAUACCAAUUAUUCUGGACAGUUUGAAGCAACACUAUUUCAUAGACCGAGACGGGAAAAUGUUCCGGUACAUCUUAUCCUAUCUCCGAUCGUCCAAGCUACUUCUACCCGAAAACUUUUCAGAAUAUGACCAACUUCUCGAAGAAGCCAAGUACUUUGAUCUAAAGGGCAUUGUGAACCACAUCGAAGUCUUGCGACGUGCUAAAAACAUUAAACAAGAAAAGUCGGAUUCGCAGACGGGAAACGCGCCAUCUCGCGGCAAUAGCGAGCAUUGCGACUGUAUAGCAGUCAGUAUAAGUCCCGAUCUAGGUGAGAGAAUCUCACUAAGUGCCGAGAAAGCACUCAUUGAAGAACUGUUCCCAGAACUGAUUCCGGCACUAAUGGACUCCAGAAACUCUGGUUUUAACCUGGAUAAUCGCUAUGUGAUUCGGUUUCCUUUGAACGGAUUUUGCAAAUUGAACUCCAUACAGGUGUUACAGACCCUUUUCAACGCAGACUUUAAAAUAGUAGCCAAUACGGGGGGCGGUGUGGAGGGUCAACAGUUUAGCGAAUAUCUGUUCUGUAGGUACCGGAAGUGUUAGUGCUGCGCCGGAUGUUGUUUCGUGACACAUCUCGCAAUGUAAUCCUCGUCUGAAUCAAAGGCGUUUGUCUCUGUUACCUGUUCUCUAGACUCUAUGAAUGUAUGAAAAAUGUCCCGUAUUGUUUAUUCCAAAAUGAUUUUUAUUUAAAUGAAAUGGCACAAUAAUUGUUAUGGUAAAUUAUGCCAUAUUGUAAAUUUUGUAUGUACUAGGAUGAAGUAAAUUAUGUGUAUUUAGAUUUUAUAACAUUACAAAAAAAACUCAGAAUUUACUUCUUUACAUAACCGAUUUACUAUUUUCAAUACAACUGCAUAUAUGUGUAUAUCUAUCUCAAUGUAUAGUAUCGUUGCCAAAGAAUUGGUGUCCCAAUUUAUGUAAUUGUAUACGUUCAUGAAUGUUGUUUUUUUGUUUUAUCAUGAUAUAUUUAUGAAAUCCUUAUUACUUCAUAUUUUCUUGUUUAGUAAUAAACGUGAAAGUUGUCA